AGCCCCCAUUGGGGAAAACAGGGUAGAAAAUGAGAUCAUGGAUUUCAUAAAUUCUGAAUUCUCUGAAGAUGUCAAAAGUUUAAGCAAAGUCAGAGAAGUUCGCGAAAAGUUGAGGCAUACAAAAGAAUUAUUGGAAUCGCAGAUUUCCCUUAAAAGCUCUGAAGUUCCCAGCAAGAUCAGGACUGCUGUUAAGGAUGCUGAAGAGGCCAGAAACAGAAUUGCUUCACUUUCUGCUGAGCAGGAACAAGUGAGGGAUGCAAUCCUGGAACACAACCGCCAGGUUGAACCCAUCAUAUUUAGGGUAUCACAACUGACUACACAAGUUGAAGAACUAGAAAAAUAUGCAAAAUAUCUACAAUGGAUUGUAAAAAUAGAAGAGUUGAGCUCUGAAAUUCAAACAGCCCUUAUAAUAGAGAACGUCGACCAAUCCAUAGCACAGUUUGCAGAGAUGGGAAGAUUAGUUCAGUAUCUUCAAAGUUCCAGCUGCCAAAACCUUGUCAAGUUUUCACAAAAUACAUUGCUUUUCUGGUACAAAAUUUUUAGGGACCGACUUUCUGGUGAAUUUGAUGAAGUUCUGAAGGCCCUAGGGUGGCCUUUCAUUGCUGCCAUUGUGAAACUGAAAGACAAGGAGACAGAGGUCCAAAACGCCAGUGGGAAGUUCAAAACCUUGUGUAGGCAGCUACUGCUCCUUCGAUUACCUGAAGGAUUACACGCUGAGAAUCAGGGCUUGCAGCAGCAUCCAGUGCUGAGAUCUUUGCCAGGGUGGAGACCCAUACCUCUACCAAUACAGCUUCUUCUGAAACCUCUCAGGAAGAGGUUCAGAUUUCAUUUCUAUGGGAACAAGCAGACAAAUAGUCUAGAUAAGCCUGAGUGGUACCUUACCCAGGUUCUUGGCUGGCUUCGAGAUCACAAUGAAUUUCUCAGAGUCAACGUUCAGCCUGUUAUUAAGAAAGAGGGCCUUGAUUCAAUGGAUUCCAGGGCUGAGUUUGCCAGAGGAUUAGUUCUACUGGUUCUGGAGAAGAUGGUGGUCGACAUUCCAGAGUUGAUGUUUGAUGAACAGCAGUUCUCUCAUUUCAUAGAUGAAGUUCUGAGUUUUGACAAAGAGUUACGGAAUAGUUUUGGCUAUCCUAACAGUGAGCCAGGCUGCCUGCAUGUGCUGUGCCAUGAUGAACCCUUCCAGAAGUGGAUUGCAAUCGAGAAGAAGUUUGCCAUAGAGAAGGUAGAUGCCAUCUUGACCUCCCCUACCGCCUGGGAGGCUCAGUACAGUGCAGACGUGGACGACAUGAAAACUCCCGAGUCAGCUGAGGCCUUCCUGACUCUUGUACUCACUAUAACAGAUCGUUACAAGCCCCUUCCUUACCCCACAUGCAAACUGAGGUUCCUGGAAUUAGAGCUUGAACUCCUUGAUGACUUCAGGAUACGACUGCUGCAGAUUAAACGAGAACAAGAAAACACAGGAAAUCCUCUGGAUAAGUGUUACUGUGCAAUAUUAAAUGCUGUUAACUACAUUAUAGAGGUGCUGAAGGAAUGGAGUGAGUUGCUGUUUUUCCUGCAGCUACAGUACUUCAGGAUAGAGAGUCAAAGUACAGAGGCUGUAGAGGGAGAUGUGCCCAUGUCACCAGCGCCACUGGGUGACGACAUUGACACUUCCAGAACAGUAGAAGACACAGGAGAACUGUCCACCAGCAACUUUCAGAUGCCAGACACCUUUGAUGAAAGCAAACUAGAGGACCUGACUGGAUCUGUGUUUGACAGACUUAUUGAGUACUUUGAGAUUACCAAGAAUGAGAUGUUGAAAAUCAUUCUCAAAUAUGUCAGUGAUGAUGUCAAAGCUAGGAGCAGACCAUACAGGAAGGACAGAUGGCUGUCACUGCCCUCCCUGAAGGAGUUUACGUCCCCCACCCUGUCGCCAUCUGCAUGUGAAAUGUUCUUAGUGUUGAAAGAACAUCUUCAUAGUGUUGAGAAGCUGCUCAGCAAACCUUUAUUUAAUCUGUUUUGGAAGAAGCUAGCCGAGGAACUGGACCAGUAUCUGUAUGAUAAGCUCAUUCUGAAGAAUUAUUUCAAUGAAGGAGGUGCCUCUCAGCUGCACUAUGACAUGACAAGAAAUUUGUUCCCUCUGUUUGGAGCAUACACAAAGAAACCAGAAAACUUCUUCAGAAACACCAAGGAGGCCUGUAUAUUGCUGACCAUCAAUGUGGGAUCUGCCAUUCUCCUUAAAGAUGUUCUGUAUCGCAGUCUACACCAGAUGAACAGAGAUCCUAACGCUCCCAGUGAGGAACCCAGCGACGCCCUUCAGGACAUUGGUGUUUUCAAACUCUCGCCUGAAGACGCAGAACUGGUGUUGAGCUUAAGGACAAAUUUAUCCACAUGAGGAAAAUAUUUAUUUUAUAUUUUAAAUAAAUUGUGUCCUAGCUCGCAUAACAUCACUGAUUGCGUAAUUUCAUAGAUUUCUCAGCUCCCAUUUGCUGACUGUGACAGCAUGUUGUUCAUCUCAUAGCUGAAUAAGGACAAGAGAGAAUGAGCAUGCUUGACAUGUAAAACAAUAUUAAAUCCUGUAAAUAUAGGGACCUAGCCCACCAAUGAGCAGUAUGAAUUAUAAGUUACCAUUAUAGAAUAAAACGGUUUCAUGUCUGUAUUUAUCCCACCUUGUUGUGGUGGAAUGAUGUACGUAUAUAUCCUCUCCUGCCGUCAUCUUGUCAUGAUUUGUAACCAAAAACGAAUUUGACUGUUAUAAGAUUCAAGUGGAGGGCUUUCAUAUUGGCAGUUAAAACCAUUUAUAACUUUUGUCAC